AUGUACAAGCAAAAGAAACUCGACUUAAAACCGUCGCUCGACCACAUCGACUACCGCGAUUACGAUGCAGAUCUCACAGACUCUGACGCACACUUCGGAACGGACACAGAAGCACCGACCUUCACAGGCCCACCCAAACCACCACUAGACAUGGCAGCCUACACUCAGCCAGUUUACGCCGGCACGACUCACAAUCCCACCGUCUUUUUAGCGAUCCUGCACAUCGCGCAGCGCAACCUUCCGGGCAUGGACUUCGUCAGCGCAUUAAACCACAUCCCCAACAUCCGACCUGCGGACCAGCUCCCCGUCUUAAUCCCCACUGCAUCAGGCAAUCUCGCACCCGCCCCGUUCCUUGACUCGCGGCCUCCAUACAAGAGACCAGGUGACGACGAUAUCAAUGUCGCCUUCCUGCCGUACUUCUACGGUGAAAGGCAUGGCAUUGCGUAUUGGCAAUAUAUCAAGGACUUCAAGCGUGGUAUUGCCCUAGGCAGCGCGUGCGUCACACCUUGCAGCGAAGAUGAUCUGAGGCAUUACGGGCUGGUGGAUUACAUCGCCGCUGAAGAUCUGGCUGGCUUUAUCAAGCAAGAUGGGGGCAGCGUGCGAGGCGUGGAUAUGAUGAGAGUAGUCGGGAUUGAGGAUGGAAAUUGGAUGCAGAGGGAUGUGGUGGAAGAUUGGACGGACUGGAGGGCAACGUUUAGGACGUGUGCUGUUCAUUGGGAGAGCAGGAUGAGGUUGAUGAGGGGCGAGCAUGAACGGUGA